ACCGGAACAGACAGGAACACUUACUAGGUACUCCAACAAAAUAUAUCACAAAAAUAAAACUUAAAUUUAUAAGCAUUCAAAAGACACCGAAAACCGAAAACUGCCAAAAUGAAUCGCAUUGACGCUUCCAUGGAUGACAUGGCCAACAACAAGUUCCUGACUCUCUACAACAGUGUGAUAAAGAGCUAUGCCGCCUCCACGGACUUUAGCACAAACGAAGUCGUUUGCCUCCUGAUCGUCUACUACAAGUUCUCGCUGAGCAACAGGCCCGCUUCGCGCUUGAUGACCACCAAUCAGCUUUACGGCCUGUUUCUGGUGCUGUUUCAGAUCUUCGAUGUCGGCAUCAUCGAUCGCAUUCUGCUAAACCUUACGCAAGAUGCGCGUACUGUUUCUCCGGAUGCAUGGAUGCAGCUGUUCUCGGUAUUUCUGAGCAGCAGCCUAGAAGAACGCAUGCGAUUUGCAUAUAAUGUCUACACAAGUGCUGGCACUCAAAUCCUUAACCGUGAGACCGUGGCCAUAGCUGUGGAGAAAUUCUUUGUUGGCGACGACGAUGAUGAGGUUCAGGAACUUCGAGCGGACAUGUGCGAGUUCUUGUUCAAUAAAUUCGACACUGACAAGGAUGGGAUUAUAUCGUUUGAGGAGUAUUCCGAGGUAGUCACCAUUCAACCGGCUCUUAUGGAAUUUCUGGGUCAAAUAUUUCCCGGUGAAAACGAUAAUACCCUGAUUGCCUAUUGUAAUAAUAUUGAGAGUUUGUUCCCCCAAGAAGAUUAGAGUUAAAUUACAUGUCAUUUACAUUGGA